AUGAACACGCUGGGUCUGAAAUUGGACAGACUGGCAGGUGUCACAACGGACUGCUGUCCAAGUCUGACUGGGAAAAAUUUCACACUUUUGAAACGUGUUCAAGAUAAAGUGACUGAAAUCGACCCAGAUCAGAAAUUGGUAUUUUUACAUUGUAUAAUACAUCAGCAUGUGUUGUGCAAGUCAGUGCUAAAAAUUAACCAUGUUAUUGAUGUUGUCACUAAAAUAGUUAACUUCAUUAGGGCACAGGCAUUGAAUCAUAGACAGUUUGUUUCACUUUUGGAGGAGCAUGAGACUGAACAUGGUGACAUGUGCUACCACACAGCAGAUGAGGACUGGAUGGCAGAUUUUGCAUUUGCUGUUGAUGUGACUGCACUGAUGAAUGAACUGAACACCAAACUGCAAGGCAAGGGCCUAUUUGUUCAUGAAAUGCACAGCCUGGUGAAGGCUUUCGUGAGAAAGAUGCAGUUUCUUUCAAGCCAACUGGAGAGCAACAAUCUCACUCACAUGCAAACCCUGAAAGAAGUCACACCAUCAGCUGAUCACCUUUGCAGGUACUCAUCCAUGUUAGGAGCACUGCAUGAUCUGUUGGCCCCCUUUCUCUCCAUCACCUACUCGAUGCAGUCACUAUAUGCCCAUAAGAGGGACUGA